CUCUUCACUACGAGACGUCACAAGCUUGAGCGAACACCUCUCUCUUCCCUAAUCUAGCUUGGCCAGCUCAACAAUAAAAAUAGUCCGGAUGAACCUUUACUCUGGGCUACCCAGGUUGUUUGCGGCCAUUGUGGUGGUGGCUCUCCUUGCCUUCAUUACUAUUUACAAGCAUUUUGAAGCACCGCUGGGCGCCAUUGAGAUGGUUGCUUAUCCGUGUCCAAUUAAAGCAAAAUGCUCCGUCAAGCGAGAAGUUUUGGAAAGGCAGUACAAGAUGAAACUAGCAGAGGCAAUAUAUUCAGUACACCAGGCUAUAUCUCCCCACGCAGGGUUGGAGGCGAUGGUGAAGGACGACUGGUGGAAAAAGCUGGUGCCCCUGAUGGCUGAGCUCGACCCCAGGAUGUCCCCAAACUCUUCCUCCUGGGACUACUCUGCCAGGAUCCCAGAUAUGGGUCCAGCACCUGUCCUCCCUAACAAGACUAGGCAUGUCUGCCCUGAGAUGUAUUUUGGUCCUAAGAUGGGUUUCCCCUUCCACCAGCACGGUAUGGAACCAGAGAACUGUACAUAUGUGCCGCCAUUCGCACGUGUUCUCACAGCUGUGCUACCAGCCAUGUCUUGGCCACCACAAACCAUUAAUUUUGUCAUCACCCAGAUCAGAAAAUGGUAUGACAUACCCAUUAUUGUUAUAAUUCCUAAAAGAGUUGUCGUAGAUCCAACACUAAGGGAUGUUAAAGCUUUGAAGAUCAAAAACGAGACCUUAAGUGGAGGUGACUUGCUCAACAAGGCGGUGGAGAUGGUAACAACACCGUAUGUGUUCAUGGGCACGUCACUAGCACACUUCAGCAACCAGUCGUCCCUGGAGCGGCUGGUAAGGGUCCUGGAUGAGCUGGAACAUGUGAAGGUGGCCGGGGGUGCUGCCAGGGACCUCCAAGGCCACUGGAUUCAUGGUUGUCUGCAGCAGCGCAUGGCAGACUACCAAGCCACCUACACCAUGGGUUACUAUUACUCUAAAUAUGAGUGUAUGUACUGUGAUGAUGUGUUGACGCCUUUUAUCACUACUGUCAAGCUGGUCAACAAAGUGGCCUUCACUAGCAGCCUCAGCGGCCCAGCCGUGUAUCGUGACUGGUUGGCCAAGGUACGUGAAGCGGGCCACUUAACCAUGGUGUGUCCUGACGUCAUGUUCUUCCUCACUAAUCACGUCAACAUGACCAGUGAAGACUGGCUGCCUAUGGCGCGUCACUGGGCUCUCGAGAAGGUCUUCUCUUACACCGGACAAGUCCAUAAUUUCUCCUGUGAUGCUGUCAACAUAACCUGUAAAGAUGCUCUCCGGAUUUUAAGUUCCUACCUCUUACCACCUUGCUGUAGAGCCAUCAUGGAACAUAACCUUGGCUUCCUGAUGGACUAUGCAGAGGCAAAUGACUUGGAGUAUGAGCUUCAGGCAGGCUCAGCCUUGGGGGCUGUUAAACUGGGAGGUUAUUUGCCCUGGGAUUUUGACAUGGACAUCACAUUUGACCGGAAUGACUACCAAAAGUGGUUGAGAUUGCGAGGUAAAUUUCUAAGAGAUCGUAACUGUUACUUAAGUGUUACCAAACCUCGUGUGUACUUCUCUGUCCAUUGUCCAUAUUUUUUUAUAGAAUUCAUCACUUUUGAUUAUUUAAACAGCAGGCAGUUUUUGCCUAUCGAGUACAGAAAUAUUCCAACAAAAGUUAUGUAUGGGGGUCACUGGACUAAAGUUAAUGCUAACCCAGGGUUACACAGUAGAAACAAAUUAGGCUUGGAAGAUCUUAAGCACGCAGGGCACUGGAGAACUGCGAGAGUGGUGAAGGCAGCGAAGGCGAGGGGCGGGUAUGAGAACCCAGGUGUCUGGAACACAUGUAGAAAAUCUAAACACCACUCAUGUCUUGAUCAAUAUCCUGGUGAUGGCAACUUGCCCUUUAUACAACCUUUCCUCCACCCUUAGGAUGGUAACUAGUUCAGACAUGUCCAACCCACUGUCUCACCUCGGCCGCCACCCCUGCUGACCAUCUCUCCACUACCAACAGCAAAUGGAGCAGUUUAAGGAAGCCAGGGGACAAGGGAAGCACGUGAUGCUCAGCCAUAAAACCAUUGUUGUGAGGGACUCUCGGGCACCACUGUAGCUGCCCCCCACUCCCAAGGUCCCCAUAAACCCCCUGCCCCCGUCCUCAUUCAGCCCAACAUAAGAGUAAUUCCCCACUUGAUGUCCAACUCCUCUGCUGUGGGAAACAACUACCCACACAACUAAAUGACAGGUGCUCCUGUCACCCAAACUGGGAGUCACCCUCAGCAACACAAGUCAUCUUAAGUGUUUUGAUUACAGCAUUUGUGAAUACAUUACCCUGCACUAUUAUAACUAUCUUCGACACCUUAGUAAACCUGAAUUUUUGCUGUUCCUUAAACAGUACCAAUGUUUCUACACUGAUGAUGCUGGUGUUGUUCCCAUGGAUUUACUGGACCGUAUGUGUUACACCCCCUUUACCCAUGGUGACAACACAGUACUCCCUCAUAUUGACCUUGAUACCUUUCCACAAAAAUCACUGGGUUACACCAAGCCCAACUGUAACGGUAUUACUUCCUAACUCUCCUGAGUUUAGCUAUAGCUCUCUACUACUGUACUUCAUUCCUUCUCUUUAAUUACCUAUACUGUCAACAGCACUGUAUUUCCCUUCACUUAGACAUCUUUAUAGAGCUGUGUACAGUACAAUAUACUGUAUCUUCUUUUGUUCAUAAAUCUGAUGUACCGGUACUUGGGUUCUAUGAGACCAAACUCACUAACAAUACUAAACACUGCAAUAGUAUGUGGUGGUGUUGCACAAUGUCUUGAUACUAAGUAGAGUAUAUAACACUUUCGUAAGAGAGGUUUUAAAGGUUCAGAAGGAGUUCAUGGAGUGUUAACACUUAAAUACGUAGCGAUGCACAAAAUAUUUUGAUGGGAAUAAUUUAUAGAAGGCACCAUAUUAAUGUAAUGAACUUUCUUGAUAAAAUAUCAGAAUUAAUCUCUAUCAUAGGUUUGGAGAGGAAACUUUGCUACAUCACAGGAGACUUCAACCUUUUUCUACUAAAAUCAGAGAUGGACACCUGGGUGAUAGACCUUCUUGGUACUUGUCAUUCUAAGCUCUUCAACACAAUAACUAAACCCACUAGAGUAAAUGCUACCGUGAUAGAUCAUAUUUGGUCUAACAACACUCCUAACAUUCGUGUGAGUGGAAUUAUUUAUAACAAUAUCUCAGAUCACUUCCCAUUUUUGCCACGUAUAAAGCAGUCACAAGACCUGAAAGGUCUAGUAAUGUCACAAUAAAAUACAGAGACUACUAUGCUGACAAUAUAUUCCUGUUAGAAAACAAUUUAAUGAAUGCUAAGUGGGAUCUUGUCUAUGCCUCUGACAACCCUAAUGUGAUCUACUGUAACUUCCCUUGCAUCUUCAAUGCUAGCUUUGAUAAAUGCUUACCCCUUAAGACUAAGCUAGGAAAAUGUAUAUCUACCUCCAAACCCUAUAGAGUAUCACAAGUGAAAUCAAGGCAAUGAUAAAAGAAAAACACAAACUCCAAAGAAAAUUUGCAAAAAGAGAUGAAAGAAAUUGAUUAUGACCAACACUUGAUAUAUUGUCAUUCACUGUGGGGGGCCUCUGGCACCACUAAAACAAACCCUGGUUGCUGCCCGGAAGAGAGUUGUGCAGAGAAUGACCACUUUAAAAAGAAUAAUAAAUAAAUAAAAUAUAUUAAAACGAUCACACAAACGAACUAUUUGCUAAAUCUAAGGUGUUAAAAUCUUAGGAUAUCAACAUUUACUGCUGUUUUCCCAUUUGUUUUUAAAUCAGUUUAUCACUUGAUUGAGAAAAUAUUUUCAGUUCUGGAAUAACCAGAGGAUUGAGACAUCCAAACCUACUAAGAUCACCUCCCCAUGCACUCCUCUCAGUCCCAGACCUACAUAAAAUAUCAUGGUCUGAAAGUGUGGAACAACUUAACCCCACCCACAUCUAUUGUCCAAGUAUUAAUAAUUUUUUAACAAAUGCUUUACAAUUUAUACUUUCACUUUACCAUUGGAAAUCAUUAUACGUACCAUAUACAGGUAUUGUCAGGUUGACUUAAAUUAUCAUUGCAAUAUGGUAAUUAUAUAUGUUGCCAUCAAGACAUGUGUGUCUGUUCCUUUGUUCCAUCCCAAUAAUACCCAUGUAUCGCUUCAACCCACUAUCAGAUUACAAAACUGUAGAUCAACUCUACUGUAAAAAUGUGUAUAUACUAUUUAGAAAUAAAAGAAAAUUGAUAACUGUGGUAAUAUUUUAAUACUGUAUGUAUUCAUCAAAACAUGUUACAUGAAUUAAAAACACCACUAUAUCAGGUGCCACUAAGAGGGUUCAGGCACUCAACUUGGCUCAAUAGUGUUCUUAGUGUUCGCUCUGUACAGUAUUUGUAUUUUUCAGGCUAAAUAAACUGUUUCAAUAUGACCUAUAA